AUGGGCAAUGAAGCUGAUUAUAUCAAGAUGGAUAGGCCAAGCCCUUUCCGAACUCCUUGGUCUUUCAAGGGGUUCAAUGAACCUACUCACAAGCCUUGGGUCUUCCCACAGCCUCCCUCUAAAUGUUCUUAUGGAGUAAAAGGAGCUCAACCUAAGCUAGACAGCCGUUUUGUUUUGGAUGUCAAUGUGUCAGAUGGUACUGUGAUGCCUCCAUCUACUCCUUUUACUAAGAUUUGGCGAAUGCGCAACAGUGGUAGUGUUGCAUGGCCUCAGGGAGUGCGGCUUGUGUGGAUCGGGGGAGACCGAUUCUUCAAUGCUGAUUCUGUUGAGAUAGAGAUUCCAGUCAAUGGUGUGCCCAUUGAUGGUGAACUUGACAUUGCUGCUGAUUUUGUAUCUCCUGCAUCGCCUGGUAGAUACAUAUCAUAUUGGAGGUUGGCAUACCCCUCAGGUGGGAAAUUUGGGCAGCGUGUCUGGGCUCUUAUUGAGGUUGAUGCUUCCCUGAAAGACCCAUUCUUCAAAGAUCUGAACCUGAAUGAGACCCCCAAUUGCAAUUUUUCUAAAUGCCCUGAAGUUUUAGAUAUGAAUGCUCAGCCUGCUGUGGAUGGCUGUAUUGUGGAGCCUCAGAACACUACCUCACUUUCAGAACCAAUAGAGCCCUUGGUUGAUGAGCAGCCAAAGAGGCAGGAACUGAAUUUUCCUAUAGACGAUGCCUUGCUUGUUGGCCAUGGUGUUUCAGCCUCUGCUCCUCCACAGGCCUUGCCUACAUCUGUUCCUGGAUUUUAUGCAAUGAUAGACAUUUCUGAAACAGCCCCUACUGGUGUUUCCAAAUCUGUUCCUGCUGCAAAUGCUCCAAUCUUAUCUGAAGGGAUCAAACUAGAGAAUGCUGUUGAGAAGACCCUCCUAAAGGAACUUGAGGAAAUGGGUUUCAAGCAGGUUGAUUUGAACAAGGAGAUCUUGAGGCGGAAUGAGUACGAUCUGGAGCAGUCUGUUGAUGAUCUUUGCGGCGUUGCUGAGUGGGAUCCCAUUCUCGAGGAGUUGCAAGAGAUGGGUUUCUGUGACAAGGAAAUGAACAAGAAGCUGCUGAAGAAAAACAAUGGGAGUAUCAAAGGGGGUUUCGAGGUUUCUACAGGUUCUGAUGAGGUGGGCGGGGACUUAGUUAAGGCUUUGGUUGCUUUGCACUAUCGUAAGAUUAAGGUUUUCGGUUUCUCUGGAAAUGGCUGA